AUGUCCACGAACACCCCGUUCACAAGUGUGGCACGAUGUUACGUCGACGCCAAUGCCAAGAUGCCUCCCAGCUAUUCAGAUUACGACAAUCUUCAAGUGCAAUGGGGACUACAAGACAACUAUGAAAUCAUACGCAAAGUUGGCCGUGGCAAAUAUUCAGAAGUGUUCGAGGGCAUCAACAUUACAAAUGGGGAAAAGUGUGUCAUUAAGGUGCUCAAGCCCGUCAAGAAGAAGAAAAUCAAGCGUGAGAUCAAGAUCCUCCAGAAUCUAGCGGGUGGACCCAACGUUGUUGCUUUGUUGGAUGUUGUGAGGGAUCCUCAGUCCAAGACACCAGCUCUGAUCUCCGAGUAUGUCAACAAUACGGACUUCAAGAUUCUUUAUCCACGAUUUGUCGAUUACGAUAUUCGAUUCUAUAUGUAUGAGCUACUCAAGGCUCUUGACUUUUGCCAUUCACGGGGAAUCAUGCAUCGUGACGUGAAGCCGCAUAACGUGAUGAUCGACCAUGAAAAGCGUCAGUUACGGCUGAUCGAUUGGGGUCUUGCUGAAUUCUAUCAUCCUGGGACCGAGUACAAUGUCCGUGUCGCAUCACGCUACUUUAAGGGUCCUGAAUUACUUGUCGACUUUCAAGAAUAUGAUUACAGCUUGGAUAUGUGGAGUUAUGGAUGCAUGUUUGCUAGCAUGAUCUUCCGCAAAGAACCUUUCUUCCAUGGCCAUGACAACUAUGAUCAAUUGGUCAAGAUUGCUCGGGUAUUAGGAACAGAUGAGCUCUUCGCAUACUUGGACAAGUACGAUAUAGAACUCGAUCAGCAAUAUCACGACAUUCUUGGAAGAUAUCCACGCAAGCCAUGGUCAAAAUUCAUCACCAGUGACAACCAUCGCUUUGUCUCGGAUGAGGCAAUGGACUUUUUGGAUCACCUUUUGCGAUACGAUCAUCAAGAACGACUAACAGCCCAAGAGGCCAUGGCGCAUCCUUAUUUUGACAUCGUAAAGAAGAAGGAAGGCAUUGCCUAA